GGACGGAUAUAUAAAGAAGGCGAGUAGUGGGGCCGGACCAUUAGUGUGUCCCGUGGCCAUGUCCAGGACAUUACAGCUUCUUUUCUUCGCUGCUGCCAUCGCAUCAGCGAUCGGGCAAGAGGACCCGCCCAAAAAAGAAGAGAGCUUCGAGGCAGAAUUAUGCAAGGAUAAAGACGCCGGCGAGUGGUUCAGGCUUGUCGCAGGGGAAGGAGACAACUGCAGAGAUGUGAUACAGUGUACCUCUUCGGGGCUUCAAGCAAUUAGGUGUCCUGCUGGUUUGUUCUUCGAUAUCGAAAAGCAAACUUGCGAUUGGAAGGAUGCUGUCAAGAAUUGUAAACUGAAGAACAAGGAAAGAAAGGUCAAACCUCUUUUGUACACAGACGAACCUCUCUGCCAGGACGGAUUUUUGGCCUGCGGGGAUGGCGCGUGUAUCGAGAGAGGGCUUUUCUGUAACGGCGAAAAAGACUGUACCGACGGAUCGGACGAAAACACUUGCGAUAACGACAACGACCCGAACAGGGCCCCGCCUUGCGACCCUGCCGUCUGUGUCCUGCCCGAUUGCUUCUGCUCGGAGGACGGUACCGGCGUUCCCAACGACCUCCCGGCCAAGGAUAUCCCACAGAUGAUUACGAUCACCUUCGACGACGCCAUCAACAACAACAACAUCGAGUUAUACAAAGAGAUCUUCCAUUCGAAGAGGAAGAACCCGAACGGCUGUCACAUCAAGGCCACGUUCUUCGUCUCUCACAAAUACACCAACUACUCUGCCGUCCAGGAAACCCACAGGAAAGGCCACGAAAUUGCCGUCCAUUCUAUCACGCACAACGACGAUGAACAGUUUUGGAGCAAUGCUACCGUCGACGACUGGGCCAAGGAGAUGGCCGGUAUGAGGGUUAUUGUAGAGAAGUACGCCAACAUCACGGAUAACAGUGUCGUCGGAGUCAGAGCUCCAUACCUAAGGGUAGGAGGAAACAAUCAAUUUACAAUGAUGGAAGAACAGGCUUUCCUUUACGACUCUACCAUCACCGCACCGUUGAGCAACCCCCCGCUCUGGCCAUACACCAUGUACUUCAGAAUGCCUCACAGAUGUCACGGAAAUCUGCAGCAUUGUCCGACUAGAAGCCACGCCGUCUGGGAAAUGGUGAUGAACGAACUUGACAGGAGGGAAGACCCCAACUUCGACGAGUACCUCCCGGGUUGCGCCAUGGUCGACUCCUGUUCCAACAUCCUCACCGGCGACCAGUUCUUCAACUUUUUGAGCCACAACUUCGACAGGCAUUACGACCAGAACAGAGCGCCAUUGGGCCUGUAUUUCCACGCCGCCUGGCUCAAGAACAACCCGGAGUUCCUCGACGCCUUCCUCUACUGGAUCGACGACGUCCUCAGCAAAUACAACGACGUCUAUUUCGUGACGAUGACCCAAGUUAUCCAGUGGAUACAGAACCCGAGGACGAUAUCCGAGGUUAAGAACUUCGAGCCUUGGAGGGAGAAGUGCGCCGUCGAGGGACCUCCCGCCUGCUGGGUUCCCCAUUCUUGCAAGCUGACGAGCAAAGAGGUGCCCGGUGAAACGAUCAAUCUCCAAACCUGCGUCAGAUGUCCCAACAACUACCCAUGGGUCCAUGACCCCACCGGCGACGGUUUCUUCUAAGUCAGGCGAUCUCCAACAAUCAAAUUCUUCAUUCAGACGACUGAAGCGGAAUUGCACCGCGCCGAGCCCACCUGUACAGUGCACCUCCAAUGCGGCUCGUCAAAAAAC